AUGCUUGACAUAAAGGCUUGGGCGGAGUACGUGCAAAGGACCAGUACCACAGUUGUCCUUGCGCUCACGCCACUGUUCCUAGCUAGUGCUGUGCUGUCCUGGAAGUUGGCCAAGAUGAUUGAAGCCAGAGAGAAGGAGCAGAAGAAGAAACAAAAACGGCAAGAAAACAUAGCCAAAGCGAAACGACUAAAGAAGGAUUGAAGGGGUGAACGGACUGCAUCUAGAGAACACCCCUCUGGGAAAUCUGAGGUUGGGAA